GAAUCUGUGGCAAUCAACGGGUCAAGCUGAGUUGGCAUCCUCCUGUAUAUAAAUUCAAUCAAGGAGAGGAAGCUUACAUUUCGCAUUAGGUAUUGGUCACCACAUAACACCAUGUGGUUCCCUGUCACCCUUCUCCUACUUGUCGGCGUGGCCGUAGCCACACCUGAUCACAAGCAUGGCUGGCAAAGGAACAACAAGUAUCAGUACCGUGUUGAAACCCAGACACUAGCAGGCGUUAUGUUCAAUGAACUUACUGGACAAUAUACUGGACUUGACAUACAGGGUAUCCUCGAAAUCGAUGUAAUAUCGCCAGAGACGCUAAAGGCGAGUCUUCUUGAUGUUCAGUAUGCUCCAGUACACGAGAAAAUACUGGACUUCACAGACAUCCGGCUCGAUAAAAGUACGCUAAAUUAUCGCCCGCUUCACAUGUCAGGAAAGCAAUUUGAGAUCAAGUUGAAGCAUGGAUUGAUCCGGGAUUUGUUGGUCGAUCCUGAUGUACCUACUUGGGAAGUGAAUAUUAUCAAAAGUAUCGUCAGUCUGCUGCAGCUUGAUACGCAGGGCGAAAACGCGAAAGACAGGAAGAGCACUCAGUAUCCCACAAACAGAAAUUCUUCCGUCACGUACGAAGGCGUGGAAGAUUCCGUCAAUGGCAUGUGCACCGUUCUGUAUGCUAUAGAGCCAUUGGUCGAGAAUUACCAUGAAUUCAGCCCAGACAUGGUACCUAUGCCACACUUACGCGGUACCGGACGCUAUUACAAAGUUUCGAAAGGGAAAAUGUACGACAAAUGCUCGCGACGACAGGCGUAUCAUUACGAUUUUAACGAUCCAUCACUGCAGAGAAACCCUGGUAAACAAAGUGAGCUGAUCGAUCACAUGUCUCUAUCUGAAGCAGUUAUCUCUGGCGACUUGAAAUCCUUCACUAUUCAUUCGGCCGUGAUGAAGAAUAUUAUAACCAUCACUAAUAAAAAAGAUGAUCCCGCUCUUGGCACUGUCAACAGCGUACUAAAAUUACAUUUAAUCAAAAAAGAAAAACUUCCCGAGUCUUCGGUUGAAAUAUUCGAGACAAAUACACGAAAAAACAAACUUCAAUCAACUGGAAAUUUGCUGUAUGUAUACAACAACCCAUUUUCUGAAACGGAAAAUCGAAAAGAGCGUCGUCCAACCAUUAGUAAAAAUUCCGCACAAGUAGAAUCGAUGGAAAUGGAGAAAUUGUCUUCCGAAAACGAAUUAAGCAGCUGGUCCAGCAGCGAGGAACUUUCUGACGUGAAAUCUCAAACGAAACUGCACUUGCCUCCAAACGCUCCGCUGUUACCCUUCUUUGUCGGUAACAAAGGCAAGUCAAUCGUGAUGUCUGGCAAAUUUGACGCUGUGAAAGAAGCUCGGGACCUAAUCUCUCAAAUAACUGACGAACUGCAGACUCCCAGUCAGAAAAUGGGUCAAGAAAUGCUGGAGAAGUUCACAAACUUGAAAAACCUCCUUCGCACCAUGAACCGCAAGCAAUACGAGGAAUUACAAAACGCAGUCCUUACUAAGGGCGAACAUUCAGAGGAUCACAAGGAUGCCUGGCCUGUCUUACGCGAUGCCGUCGCACAUGCUGCAACUGGACCUGCUUUGCUCACUAUUAAAAGCUGGCUAACGUCCAGACUUCUCAAAGGCGUAGAGGCGGCACGAGUUGUGUCUCAAAUUUCCAAGAACGUUCGCGAACCAUCGGAUAAGUACCUCAUGGCGUUCUACGAUAUGAUGCAAGAACCAUGGGUAUCGGAACAGGAACUGAUACAUACGACCGCGUUGUUAACAUUCGCUAAAUUGCUCCGCAAUAGCCAGAAAUCCUAUCCGAUACGUAGUGAUGGCACUAUAACUCAGAAAAACAACAACGACGUAGUCAAUCGCUAUAUUCCCUAUCUGGCUGAUCAACUGAAACAGGCUUAUCGAGAAGACAACCUUAAGAAAAUUCAGACAUGUAUCAUGGCACUGGGUAUGACCGAACAUCCGAAAAUUAUCCCAGUCUUUGAGCCGUACUUAGAAAACACGAAGCCAGCGACGAAAUACCAACGCUUACUCAUGGUAGCUUCCUUGGGCACUUUAGCCAGAACUCACCCCAAAUUAGUUGGACCCAUUUUCUACAAACUCUAUGUGGGCAAAGAAGAGAAUCACGAGAUACGCUGCUUGGCCGUACAGCAUUAUAUUUUGACCAACCCACCUCAAAUUAUGUUGAAACACAUAGCGCACAGCACUCAUGAAGAGGAGAACUAUCACGUGAAUUCUGCCAUAAAGACUACCCUAGAGAGUCUUGCUGAUUCGAAGAUACCGGCAUUGGGAGAUUUGCACGACAAGGCGCGCGCUGUCACCUCUUUUUUGAGUCCCGUGAAGAGCAAGUACGGGUCUUCAGGAGGCCUCUACAUAGACUUUGCAAAUUCGAUUAUUCAGGGAUUUUCUCUGCAAACUGUCGUUGGUGGUGAUAGUGAAAUACCCAUGUAUGCACACGCUAGUGUGCAUACCUGGUACGAUUCCUUCCAAGAUGGGCGACCCACGUUGGAAGCAGCAUACGGAGUAUCCAGCGUUAGGCAGCUACUAAAUAACAUCGAUAAGCUGUGGCAAAAAGAGAGUGGAAAAGUGAACGAGAAAUUCAUGCGUAAAACACGCGCCGAGGAGAUCGCUGAAACACUUAAGAUCAAGCCCGAAAACCUGGACAAGUUGGAAGGAAGUCUUUUCCUUAACACAUUAUUCGGUUUUAUAUACUAUCCCUUCGACAGUAAUACAUUACAACAGGUUCCCGUUAUGUGGAAGAAUAUGUUGAAGAAGGACCACGGAAUACGUUCAACGGGAUUUUACAAUUACGAAAGAACAGUAACGUUACCGCUUGAGACCGGCUUGCCGUGCGUUUUUUCUCUGGAGAUUCCAACGCUUGUAAAACUUCAAGUUGAGAGCAAAAAAGAGGAAUCUUGCAAUGGGUGCAGAAAUGGCGUUCUUAAAGUCGUACUUGGCAGAAAAGUGCAGAAGCGAUUUGGCUUUAUAGCACCCUUCGAACAUACGCAAUACAUGGCUGGUACCGACGACAGUCGAAUGCUGCAACUACCAUUGGAGUACGAAGUCAAAUUCGAUAUGACCCGGCAAAAUCUUGAAUUGAAAGUUCGUCCAAACAUACCGAAAGAUCAAAUGGAUUCUCAACUCUCAUUACUGCAUUAUAGCACCGUCCCCUUUACCUCGCGACACGAUAUUUUCAAUCUUCAACCUUUAUGUCUUGACGAAAACACGCAUAAAGCACUGGACCUAAAACAACAAAAGAACUCGCUUAAAAAAGACAUGCUCACUGUCUGGUUAGAAUCUGAUGGCGUAGAAAAAGAAAAGAUACAUUUAGAAAAGGAGCUUCAGGAUAUGUGGGAACAAGAUGACGGUCGCUAUAAAAAACUGGAUGUAUUGCUAAAUGUUGAAGAAGCAAGAAAGAGUGGGGUCCGCCUCAACAUCGCUUACGAUAACAUGGAAAUUCGCGAUAAUAAAGACGAUAGUGAACAAUCGCAAGAGGUGGAGCUGCAAGGUAUUCCUGAACCAUCUUGGAAACCAGACAGUGAGGACAGAAAACUCCAGAUUAUGAAAACUCUCCAGAAAGGUCUUAGGUCAGGUAAAGUCCAUGUAGUGGACAUAACUUACAAAACCCCGCGGAAAGAACAAGUUCUCACCUUCAGCCUGGCGCAAAGCAACGUGGACCAAAAAUCCAGGAUUUACGUUUAUUGGAAUACUCAAACGCCGGAGGAGAAUCAGAACAAAUACGAAGUUUGCUACGUUCAAGAAUUGCAGAGUUCGCCGAGUACUCCUUUAGAUUUCGAAUAUACGCUUCGGAACACGCCGACAGAUAAAUUCUGGGCUGAAAUACUGUUUGGAAGGAACUGCCAAGGAGGAGAAAAAAUUCGUAUCGAAGGACACGCAAGUCGAAGCAACGAACUGGAGGAAAAUCUAGAAUACUCUAAAUUAACCGAACAAUGUCGGGAAGAGAUGCGAGGAGGAGACAAAGUAGGUCGAGCCUGCCAGAUGGCCAUUGGGGUUGCUGAAGUGAGGGAUACGUACCAGGUAUCGUUGAAAACGGCAAACGAAUAUCUUCGGAGACUGGUUCACGAGUAUGUCGAGAUGAUGCCUCUAGUUUUGAGGAAAGUAAAUGUACGAACAGACUUCAUGAGCCACCCUGAUAGCAAUCCCAUGAAGUUAAAAUGGGUGAGGGUGCCCGAGGAGAAACCUCUCAUAGAAAGGGUGAAGGUAACUGAAGUUGAGGCCCGUCUAAUAGGGGAAAUUCUGGGGAUUUACAAACGAACAGUACCGUCCAGGACAGAUAGUGAGCUCAUAGGGCUCCGAAAGGAAGAAAUGGAUGUGUGUACCCUUAACAAAGAUAUGAUGACAACUUAUGAUAAUCGAGCCUAUUCUGUGAUGAUGGGCGGUCUGAAGCACGUGAUAAUGACUACUUAUCGGCAACAAGAUCCCGAAAAUCCCGAACGUACGAUGGAUAUUCCGGAAGACAUGAAAGUGGCUGUUGUAACUACAGAUAUGGACGAUGGCAGCAGGAAACUCUUCAUUUUCUUGGAUAACCAAAAAGUUCUGAUGCAGAAAGUGAAUAAACGUCUUGAAGCUUUCGUUGAUGGACAGCCAGUUUCUUUGUCGAAGAAUAGAUGGUAUCGACACAGUCAAGAUGGUAAAACCGUUUUCGAAAUUAUCGAGCUACCGGAUGGAUCGAUCAAAUUUACCUCGGACAAAUAUGGACUUGAGGCCGUGUACGAUGGACAGCACAUUAAAUUAAAGGCAAGCGAUAAGUUCCGCAAUGCUGUACGCGGUCUUUGCGGCAACUACGACUCAGAUCCCAGCAACGAUUUCCUCAUUCCUCGGAACUGCAUAUUGGCGAACGUUGAAGAAUUCACCGCUAUGUAUGCUUUGCUUGAUAAGGAUAGCGAAGGACCCGUUGUGGAAAACAGACGUAAAGCUGAGCAUGCCUAUUGUCUUAUAUUUUCCAAGCAAGAACCUCGUCAAAGAAACGUUAUUAGCGAUAGAGAAGCAGGAAGACCGUUGACAGAGGAUGUAAAUUGGGGCUAUCAUCCGAGGAAGCGCCAGAGACAAGACUUCAGAGAGCAAGACAGAAACUCUAAGGAGGAUUGUGAUGAUGUGGGCACACAAAAAUGUUCAACGGAAUCCAACAUUGUCUAUCGCACGAAGGUCUUUGAAGAGGGAGGUGAGCUCUGUUUCACUACCAGACCUGUGCCAACAUGCGCCUCGGAUACCAGGCCCAUAGAAAGAAAACCAAAGGAAUUUAAUCUUUUCUGUAUGCCGAUAAACGAAGAAUCUCGAGCGAUUAAACGUCGCGUCGAAGAAGGCGCCCGCCCAGAUUUUACCCGUAGGCCUGUCUCCAGGUCGCACGUUUUCCAAGUUCCGUCCUAUUGCAUGGCCGCAUAAUCCGGCAAUACCGAAGUGAUACACCGAUCGUGCAUUAUACUUGAUUGAGAAACGACUUCUUUCUUUUUUUAUUCUGUUCUCUUUUUAGAAGGAAUAUGUUCUGCAAAUAUGUCCUUUUAGUAAUUGCAGAAAUGUAAGCAAGAAUAAAGUUGAAACUUUUCAACGUAA